AUGAGUUCUAGAGAUUUAGAGCAGCGUCCUGUUAAGAAAAGACGUUUUUUCCAGGAGGAAAAUGAAUCCAGCGUUCCCCUUCAGUUCCGCAAUGGCAACGCGUCGGCCGCUAACAGCUUCGGCUUAUCGAGCUCGUCGAAAGCUGCCCCUGGCUCAGUUGAAUACAAUAAAAUAGACAGUAAUGCUAUGGAAAACACUGCAACGACCGGAGACGAUCCUAGUUUCGAUGUCGAGUUUUUCUCCGCCGUGGUUGGCCGACCGAUUUCUGCAAAUGUCAUCUCGCAACUUCGCCGACAGGCAGGGAAUGAUAUGGAGAGAGCUGUCAACCUCUACCUCGACGGCUCUUGGGAAGAGGAUCAUGAUAAGAUGACCGAUGUUCCUAAGACGCCAGACGCUCCCGAGCCUGACGGGGCUGCUGUCACCAAAAGUUCUACUCCAGAACCGCCCAACCAAGUGGUGGAGACAGCGGCUGUUGAUGAGAAUGAUGACGAGUCCGUUCUUUCAGAAAACCCCGAGUAUAGAUAUCUGGGUGCUUUUGGUGUCGGUGGAUGGGCUACCAGAUCGAGUACGAGUCCACUCAAGUUUGGGGAAGAGGUCAAGAUUCAACGCUCCAAAAUCCAACCUCAGUUGAAAGCGGGAAAGCCCAAAAGAGCGGUAGGAAACUCGAAAACGGACGUCAUAACGAGGUUUACGAACGCCAAUGGUGAUGAAAUUGGAAGGCUGCCUCAGGAAACUGCUUCCUGGGUAUCAACCUUGAUCGAUCAGGGAAUAUGCAAAUUUACAGCAGUCUGUGUCUUUGCACCAGACAGGAUUCGCAUAAAUGAUACGAUAUACCUGCAACUCAGAUGCUAUGUGCUAAACUCGGCAUUCAAAGCCCGCUUUUCUCUGGGGGUUGAUGACAAUACGCCUCGUCUCUUCGAGCAAGAGGAAACGUCGGAAGAGAAAGCACUCCGUUUACGUCAGGUUGCGUUGGUAACCCUUUUUGAUGAGAUUUGUCUCUCUCCUACCUCCAUGAACGAAGCAACUGCGAAACAUAAGAAAAAUGGGAUUCUUCGUGCCGCCGAAAUGGCGGAGCAAAAUACCAAGCCAGGAAGGUCAACUACAGACCAGUCUAAUGAUCCAGACGAGGCGUCAGAAAGUGAGGAGGGCGAGAACCUAGACCAAGAUCAGCUCGAUACUCUAUACCACAAGGCACAGUGUUUUGAUUUCAGCAUGCCGGAGGCCACUCCGAGUGAAUCUUUCAAUUUAGAGUUACGGAAGUAUCAAAAGCAGGCACUUCACUGGUUGAUUACCAAGGAGAAGGACGGAAAGUCUACGAGACAAGAAUCCAUGCACCCCCUAUGGGAAGAAUACACCUGGCCUGUGAAAGAUGUUGAUGACAAGCCUCUUCCACGGGUACGUGGCAGAGAUUACUUUUACGUGAACCCGUAUUCUGGGGAACUGAGCCUCAAGUUCCCUGUACAAGAACAGAGUUGUCUUGGAGGGAUCCUUGCCGACGAAAUGGGCCUGGGCAAGACUAUCGAGAUGAUGAGCUUAAUCCACUCUCAUACACCGAGCGUCGAGCUUUUAAAUGGCGACGUGACGUCUUCGUCUGUCCAUAGCCUUGCACGAUCUCACAAUCCUUCCGAUGUAUACCAAGCACCACGUACCACGCUUGUCGUUGCUCCUACCUCCCUCUUAUCGCAAUGGGAGAGUGAAGCUCUAAAGGCGUCAAAGCCAGGGUCAAUGAAGACCCUUGUUUACUAUGGAACAGAUAAAUCAGUUAACCUGAGAACUCUCUGUUCCCCUAAAAAUUCCUCCGCGCCAAACGUAAUAAUUACAAGCUAUGGCGUCGUCCGCUCAGAGUACAGUCAGAUUCUCUCUGGCCGCACAAAUAUGAGCAACGAUAGCCUCUUUUCGGUGGAAUACUUUCGCGUGAUUCUCGAUGAAGCACACUACAUCAAGAAUCGGGCUUCCAAAACCGCUAAGGCCUGUUAUGAGAUCAAAGCUAGACACAGAUGGGUUUUGACUGGAACUCCCAUCGUGAAUCGACUGGAAGACCUCUACAGUCUUGUGCGUUUCCUCAAAGUGGAACCUUGGUGUAAUUUCUCCUUUUGGAAGACUUUUAUAACAGUUCCAUUCGAAUCAAAGGACUUUGCACGCGCUCUGAGUGUUGUACAAACUGUUCUCGAACCAUUGGUUCUCCGACGCACCAAAACCAUGAAAACCCCUGAAGGAGAGGCCCUGGUUCCACUGCCCUCUCGUACCAUCACAGUGGAAGAGGUUGAGUUGUCCGAACAAGAAAGAGAAAUUUAUGAUGUUAUUUUCACGCGAGCAAAGCGGACUUUCAAUGACAAUAUUGCAGCAGGGACCCUUCUAAAAUCUUAUACCACUAUCUUUGCUCAGAUUCUUCGUUUACGGCAAACAUGCUGUCAUCCUAUACUUACUCGGAAUCAAUCUAUCGUUGCAGAAGAAGAAGAUGCCGCUAUCGCGGCUGAUGAGAUGAAUGUCCUAAAGGAUAACAUGGACCUUCAAGAACUCAUUGAUAAGUUCUCGGCCUCUAUGCAGGCUGGGGAUGGUGAGGAAAGAGACCCUACAGCGAAUUUCACAACCCAUGCCUUGAAACAGAUCCAAGCAGAGUCUAGUGGUGAAUGUCCAAUUUGUUCAGAGGAACCAAUGAUUAAUCCUGCAGUUACUUCAUGCUGGCAUAGUGCUUGCAAAAACUGCUUGGAAUCCUAUAUCAAGCACCAGACUGAUAAAGGGGAGACGCCCAGGUGCUUUUCUUGCCGCGAGCCUCUAAACUCUCGCGAUAUGUUUGAAGUCGUACGGCACGACUCACCGUCACAAACCCCAGCAACUCCAGACCUUCCGCUCCAAGAAGCUUCCAAUUCCCCAGCAAAUCGUAUAUCUUUACGACGAAUAAACCCGCUGUCACCCUCAGCUAAAACAUCCGCGAAGGUUCAUGCUCUAAUCAACCAUCUUACUCGGCUACCUAAAGGCACUAAGGCUGUGGUAUUUUCACAAUUCACAUCCUUUCUAGAUCUAAUAGCUCCACAACUGAUCGCAGCCGGUAUUGAGCAUCUUCGGUUCGACGGUACUAUGAGCCAAAAAGCCCGUGCUACGGUCCUUGCACAGUUUAAUGCCCCUAUAUUCGACGAAGAGGACAUUGAAGACGACGAUGACAUUUCGAAUCCCCUUAACCCCUUCGGAGCUUAUAGAAACAAACCCAAACCCAAGAAAAGCAAGACCACGCCUGCAAAUGUGCUGUUAAUUAGCUUGAGGGCUGGCGGCGUUGGCUUGAAUCUUACUGUUGCAAACCACGUCUUCAUGAUGGAUCCCUGGUGGAGUUUCGCUGUGGAAGCACAGGCAAUUGACCGCGUACAUCGCAUGGGUCAAUUACGCGACGUGAAGGUAUUCAGGUUUGUGGUCAAAAACAGUAUUGAAGGGAGAAUUCUCAGGAUCCAAGAGCGGAAGAUGAUGAUUGCCGGUUCCCUUGGAUUGAGAGUCGGUGGCGAUGGAAGUGAUGAGGAUAAGAGGGAACAACGGAUUGAAGAGUUGAAGUUAUUAUUUGAAUAA